CAUCAAGAAAACAUCCAAAAACAAAAGAUCUAAUGCCAGAGGAUUUCUGGAUCAAUGCACGGAAGAAAGGGAUUGUAGUUUUUGCUCUACCAGGGGAGCCUGGUCUGGCUGAGUUAGUGGGGGAUUUCAAAAUCCAUUUCCAUGAUAGUCAAGGAGAUUUCUAUUGCUGGUUAAAUACAAUAACAGAUAACAGAAAAAUCUUAACCGCAGAUGACCUCGAUGGUUUUGACAAGAGAAAAUUACCUUCUCCAGGAUUUCAGGUUGAAGUUGUGAUGAUAGACUAUGAUGGUACAUUACCUACAAAAGCUAAAGCAGAUUCUUCCAGUAGAAAACCUGAGGGUAGCACAAGUGAUGCCUCUGCUUCAAGUCAUGGUGUUGCAGCUAAUCCCAAUCAAAAUAAAACUCCUCAGCGUGAAGAUGGUGAUGAUGUAUUUUCAGAUAGUGACAGAGAGGAGGCUGGGGAUACAAAGCGCACACAAGCUCAAGGUAAUUCUAGCACCGGACUUCCAGCACCUAAUCAUGUAUCUAACACCAGAAGUGAGGAUACCCCGAAGAGUAGUUCUUUGAAAAAACCAACUAGUGAUGGAGCUGAAAAAUCUCACCUGGUACAUCACUCCCGCAAACUGAGCUCAUCUGGGGCAGAGGAUAUUAGGGCAAUAGCUGCCGAUGCUUCAGUUUUCUCUUUCGGGGAUGAUGAUUUUGAUAGUGAAUGAAGCAGGUUUGCUGUUGCUUGAAACUGUAUAAGACACACCAAUGUAUAAAACAUUCCAUACGCAUGAUUUCAUUGAUUUUGGAAGGAUCGUAGGAAUCAGAUGUUGGUUGAUUGACUUCAUUGUUUUCACCAUAGGAAUCAAAUGUUAAGUUGGAAUGAUUGGUCA